UUUAUGCUUUUGGGCAGAGAGAGAGGGAGAGAAGGGGACGCUCCGUGCUCUCGCAUGACGAUUGUGGUCCGGUGAGGCGACACCAUGCCAGCAUCGGCAUCAGCCUCAGCCUCGGCUUCGGGUCACCGCCCGGAGGAGCUGCUGGCGCGGCUCAGCUCCCCCUCCAUCGACCCCAACUCCAGGCUGAAAGCCCUAAGGGAGCUCAAGAACCAGAUCAUCGGCAACCCCACCAAGAAGCUCUCCUACAUCAAGUUCGGCGCCGUCCCCUCCGUCGUCACCAUCCUCUCCUCCGCUGCUGCUGACGCCGACGCUUACCACUCCCGGUCCCUCUCUGAAUCCCUCCUCGUGCAGUCCGCCGCCGCCAUUGGGAGCUUCGCCUGCGGACUCGAGGCCGGCGUCGAGGCCGUUCUCGACGCCGGAGCUUUUCCUCACCUUCUCACUCUCAUUUCUCAUCCUAAUCACAAGGUAGUGGACGCUGGAGCUCGUGCACUUAAAAUGAUUUAUCAAUCAAAAUUGGCUCCAAAGUAUGAUUUUCUUCAAGAGAAGAACAUGGAUUUUCUUCUUUCACUGUUGAAUAGUGAGAACGAAACUGUUACUGGUCUUGGUGCAAGUAUCAUCACACAUUGCUGUGAGACGAGUAUUGCGCAGAAGGCUUUAUGUGAUGCUGGGGUAUUAAGACGGCUUCUUAGUCUUCUCACAAGUUCUGUAUGCCUUAGAGAUUCUUGCUUGGAGUCUCUAGCCUCGAUAAUCAAGGGAAAUCCUGAAGUUGUCUUGAAAUUUCUGGGACCUGAAAGUGGAAGGGCAUUGAGUACGGUUACUGAGUUAAUAAAGGAUAAGUAUCCACGGACAAGGUUGCUAGCAUCCAUGUGCCUGAUUGUCAUAAGGAACACUUCUCCUUGCGUCCUGCAAGAUGUAGAAACAAAUACCAAAUUGAUGCUGAUAUUGCUGGAGCUUCUUGAUGAUCCUGGUCAAGUUGGAGAUGAAGCUGCUUUUGUUUUGUCUAAUUUAAUUUCAGAAAAGGAGGACCUACAAAGGUUAGCAUUUGAGGAAAAUGUUAUUGAUAGGCUUUGCAGCCACUUGGGAAGAGGCCCCUUUCAGGCCAAACGCUUUGAAGGAAUAUUGCUGGCAUUGGCUGAUCUAUGCUCAAAGUUGGAAAGUUGCAGGUCUAAACUUCUGUCACUGCAGGUAUUGAACUUGGUAACUGAUGCACUAACACAUGAUAGUGCCAAUGUACGCGCUGCAGCUUGCAUUUGCUUAAAAAGUGUGUCUCGGUCAGUCAAGAAUCUGAGUGCAGGUGAAUUUAUGAAGGAAGCCAUUAUCACACGCUUGGUUCAACUACUACAUGAUACUUCAACUACUGUCCAGGUUGCAGCUCUUCGUGCCAUUGGCAACAUUGUGGUUGAUUUUAAAACGCACAAGUCAGUAUUCAAACAAAGUGGAGGAUUGAAAGAUCUUGUUCAGCUGUCAAAAUCAAUGGAAUCAACUAUCAGGGUAAAUGCCGUAUGGGCUUUGAGGAACUUGAUAUUCCUCACUGACAAUAAGUGUAAGGAAGAGAUAUUCUUAGAGCUCACAGUAUCAACAUUAACUAGCCUAAUUAAUGACCCUGAGCCAUCUGUCCAAGAGCAAGCUUUGGCUCUUGCUCGCAAUCUUGUGGAUGGAUGUUUGGACUGCAUUGAGUAUGUCUUUAUGGAGGAUGGACGCAUAUUAAAUGCUGUUGGAAGGCAAUUGCAGACUGCCUCAAAAGCUGAGGUUUUAGUUCAGGGAAUGUAUGUUCUCAGUAAUGUGGCUUCUGGCAGUGAGUUCCACAAGAAAGCGGUUAUGCACCAGCUUUUGCGACAAAUGAGUGAUGGUACCCAAUCAAUUAUAAUCAAGGUUUUGCAGAGUAACGACAGCCGGUUACGUGCAGCUGCUGUCUGGACUGUAAUAAAUCUCAUCUUUCCAAGCUGUCCUGGUGCUCACAAUCGGGUUGUAGAACUACAGAAUGCUGGCGUAGCUUCUCGCUUAAAGAAUAUGUUUAGUGAUCCCUGCUUGGAUGUAAUGCUUCGUAUAAAAACAGCGCUUGGGCAAUUUAUGGUGUUUGGCGAUAGCUUGACAUGAUUAUCUUUGUCAGUCAUUGAACUUGGUAACAGUACAAGAGAUUUUGCUGCCAACCAAUUUUGUGAGCUCUUACAGCUUAUAAGUUGUCGCCAUCACCUUCAUGGGUGCCCUGAAAUCAUGGUUUAAGACAUUAGCUCUCCAUAUUUUCCACCUCAAAGCAAAGCGCAGAGCUCUCUUCUGGGUACCCAGCGACCAAGCUAUGUUCAAAAGCCACUGCCUUACGGUGUUCUACCUCUUAUGGUGCUCUACCUGCCAGCCAGACUCACUGUAUCAUAUUAGCCUGUCUUUUUUCUUUUUUUCUUUUUUCUUUGUUUGUAUUUUUGGUCCCUUGUUCUAUACAUCUUUUUUGGGGGUUGCAAAUUAGUGAAUUAUUAUGUAAACUGAGCUACCGUAAUGUUGAGUUUCCACUAAAAAUAUUUUCAGUGUCGUCAUAAUUUAAUUGGGAUAAGUUUUGCGGUGAA